AAGUAUAUUUGUAUAUUAAUAUAUAAAUGUCAGUAUGAUAUCAGUAUUGAUAUAUCUUUGGAGCAUCCUUAACAGCUACAAAAUUCAAAAUCACUAUGUCAAAUUUUUCAGAUUUUGCACAUCGUGUAUCUCAUUCUUUGCAGCCAGUGUCCUGUUAUCAAGUUUUCAUAACUUUAUCUUUAUCAGUAUUUAAUGAAUAUUGUCCUAAGUUGACUUAUAAAGUCUUAGAGGUGCACUUUUCCAAUUGACAUUAUAGAUUCUCGUAGGAGUCCAAGGAUUAUCCAACCUGUAACUAUUACAUAACUUAAAGUUCUUCCUUUUGCAAAUAUCCUUCUAAGUUCAAUAAAGUAUAUUGAACAGCCCCCCAAAAAACAUCAAACCCCUGUAUAUUUAAUAGGAACAUUGAGCCAAUUCUGGGUACUUUGCACGGGACUGUACCUUCAUCACCCAUUGAUAAAUCUAGCAAUGGAUUACCACAUUCACCUGAGAGAUCUUCCUGUGACAAAUACAUGUUAAAUAUGUCAAUACAAAGUUAAUGGUAGUAAAUACAUAGGUAAUCACGGUUGAUCAUUAAUCCAUGUGUUGUGAUCAUGUAAUAUUUCCUCUUUUCUUAAUGUGUGACGUCAAGGACAUAUAGAUCCUUCAGUGGAUGUAGUGUGUUUAAUGGCGUAAAUGGUGGGGCGGGGGGUGCAAUCAAAUGUAGGUAAAAUUUUAUGUCAUGUGUUGAUAAAAAUCUUUUAAAAAAAUUUGGAUUGAAUUAUGAUUUAUCAUAUAUAAAUAAAUUAUUUGUCAAAUAAACUAUAUGUUAGCCAAACUUAACAAUGGUCUGAAAAAAUGAAGCCAUUUUUUCAGGAUGAAUGUCAAAACUUCCUCAAUUUUAAAUGAAAUGAAAUUACUCAACUCAAAAUGUCAAAAUAACUGUGAAAGUUUGAAAGAACUUAAUGUGUCAAAGAAUCUUAAAAUUAAUCCCUACUCAUUUUGCCACUCUAAAAAAUAAAAUUCACCUUUCUAAAUUAUACUUCAAUUAAAUUAUUAAUAACAUUUGAAAUAAACAACAAUUCAAUUUUUUUUUAUCUAUUUAUAUUUUAUAAUACCUUGAAAUUAUGUUAAACUAGCUAACAAAUAGAUACUAUUCAAGAAAAGAGUUUCUUCAUAAACAUCAAAAUAAACAAGUAUUGAUGAAAAAACAUUAUUAUAAACAAUGGAUUAUAGAAGUAAGAAUUCUACAAACUUGCACCAGGAAGUAAAGGAUCCCAAAUAAGACCUUUUUUAUUUAUUUAAUACCCUUAUAUAUCCUUACAAUCCAACAUCCUGUUAUGAUACCAUAUUUGGGUAUAAAAUACAGAAUGUAUAUUUUAAACCACACUCUAGAAAAUGAAUUCAAAGAGAACACAAAUACAAAUUAUGAGAGCAGUGAUACCACGGUACAGAAUUGUUUCUAAUAUUUCAGAUUUAGAUGACGUUUUCGACGAAGACAAUGGCGAAACUGAUAUAGAUAUUUUUGAUGAUCAUCACAUUGGUGAUUCACACCAAAAUGACCAAAAUGAUCAGUCAAGUAGGUGUCAUUCAUUUGUAAAUGAUGCCAAUUUGACAAGCAGAACAUAUUCUUUUGACAGUACGGAUUUGACCAAUAAACUGAUAUUUGACCUUGACCCACGGGUGAGAUCGUUCAGCUGUGACCUUGACCAUUAUGGUAAAGGUCACAAUAUGGACAGCAUUGCGGCUAUUAAACAAAAUACACAUAACUUGAUUGACCUUGCUGAUAAAAUGGUAUGGUCUUUAGACCUAUCAGAAAUACAUUCUCUGAGUAAACAAAGUGUUGACGAUAAAAAUGACAUUGCCAAAGAUAAUGACAAACUUGCCAAUGACUUCAAGAAAUAUGAAAUAUUAGAAACAAUUUCUGGAUUUAAUAGUCACCAUGGUAACCAGGAAACAAGCAUAUGGAACACAAUUUCAACUGACAUAUCACAUGACAUGUCACAUGACACAUACAGGUAA